AUGUUGAGCAAUAACUCAUCUUUUAUGGAUAAAAGAAAAAAGACUUAAAUCCUUAAGGCAAUCACAGCCAAUCGAAAGUAGAAGUGCAAUCACUCAUUCUUCAAGAAAUUUAAAAAUGUGGAUGUUUAUGGUUAGAAAAUUUAGUUCACUUACAAGGGCAAAAUGUCGUACAAGACUGCUUAUGAGUCAUAUUUGUUGUAUACUAAGAAGUUUCCAACUACAUUCACAAAAUACUUUCUAAGAGAUAUAAACAACCAAGAUUCGUUGUCUCCUUAAGACAAUGGAUUUGAUUUGGCUUUUGGCGUUAGUAAGCAAAUUGAUCCAUCUUAUGGAGGGUUUAUAGCAUAUCAAACCUCUCAAACAGAGAAUGGCACAAUUGUUGACUAAGAUCUUAAAAUCACGAGCUGUGGUACUUAACUAUUUCAAAAUGAAUUAUACAUUGAUGAUUAGUUGUCAUCAAUUGAUCUUGACCCUAAAAGAGAGAAAAAAAUAAAAAUGUACCUUUAGGAGGGGUAAACAGAGAUCUAUGGCAAUAUUGUAAUAUUCUGGGAUAAGAAUAGUGAAAAAUUUGUUAAAAUUGAAAACAUAAAGAUUUAAGAUGAUAACAUAGACACGACAUCAAGAAUAAUGGCCUCAAUCUAAAUUUAGCUCGACAGAAGAAACAUUUAAUAUGGUAUAGUAGUUGAUAAUCUAAUCGUAACUCUAGAAAAGAUAGGUGGUUUUAAAGGAGUAAUAUUUUCUUUAGGUUUGAUAUGUGUCAGAUAUUUUUAAGAAAGGUUAUUUAAAAGCUCCUUCUUUAAGCAAAUCUACUAAGUAAAAGAUAAAUAAGUCAAGAGCAGAGCGCUAUAGAGAAAAAUAAGUCCUAAUUUAGAAUCCUAAUCUUCCCUAAAAACAGUCAAGAUAGACGACUCAGUAACAAAUGAAAUGCUUGAAUCAUAACCUGCUGAAGAAAAACCUGACGAAUUGAUAAAUAAGAUACAUAUCAAGAGUAAGCUUACACUGAAAGAUAUUAAUCAACUAUUCACUGAAGUAUUGACUAGAAAAAGAUUUAAGUAUACUUUCUAUUAGAUGAUAAGCUAUAUCUCCAAUUGUAUUUUCCUAAGGAAAAAGAAGCAUUUGAAAAAUUCUCCCACAACUAUCUAACACUUUUUAUAUCAUAAAGCUAAUCAAAGAUUGGAGCAAGAACUUGAUGUCGUUAAUCUAGUUAGGUCCAUAAGGAAAUUAAGAUUAUUGGCAAAAGUUAUAUUAUCAUAAAGGAGUAGAAUUCUUUUGAAAUUCUAGCGGAAAAAUCUAUUAGAAUCUUAGAGCUCUUCUUCAGAUUCAGAUGAUCAUCAAUUCGAUACUUUAAAGUUGCUUGAUGAUAAGAAUGACUUGGUAAAGUUAUCAGCAAUUCAAAAAAUAAAAAGAAAUUUAAAUCAUUAUUCAGAUAAUGUUUUGGAUCACAUCGACAAAAAUCUUUUAAGAGGUAUAUACCUUAGAAGAUAGAGAGAAAGAGAGGAAGUGCUUAGUGAUAAUGACCGAAUGAAUAGUCCACUUUACAUGCGAACUAAUUCUAUUUUUACAACAAACAAUAGCAAAAACGAUAGCCCAGUCAAUUAUAGAAAAGGCAGUAUGUUGCCUAUUUUUAGGUCUAGAAACUUGGAGGACUAUGAAAAUGAAUCAGGAAUUUCAAAUUAAAGUCCAAAAAGAGUGAUGGAAAGAUAAGGCAUUGAGAAAUAAUGGGAAAUGGUACUUAAGCAAACAGAUAUUUAAAGUCAGAGUAUUGCUUUGGUAGAUAAAAAAGAAGAGAGUAGCAGUAGUUCUUUAUCGAAAGUUGAUGAAGAUUAGGAAGAAAGAAUUUAAGAUUUUGAUAUUGAAAAUUGA